AUGUCUCAGCUUCAUGAGCUUUGUUAUCUUAAGGAAAGACCUAUCACUAAGGAUGAAUACUUGCCAAAACUGAAAGCCUUGCUUAAGAAAGGAAUUCCAUCAACAUACACAUUAGAGGAUGCAGAAGCAGAACAGAAGGGUGAACAAGAGACUGUACAAACGUCUACAACUACACCAUUACAUAUAAUAUGCGAGUCAAUACCGUCUGAUGCCACUUUGGAGGAGGAAAGUGCAAUUCUAGCUAUGAUUGACGAAUUAUUCAUGAAUGGAGCAGGAUGGUGUUUAACUAACAAGAAUAAUGAAACUCCCGGCUGCGUUCUUGAACGAAGAGGUCUUUAUGGAACAUCUUAUUGGGAGAGGAUCGUCGAUGCUGGUGUAAGGGCGGAAAUUGUUUUUAGAAAGUUAGAACAGAACAAUAUAGAGUUUUUAGGGGAAAAAGUUGUGAAAAAUGGAGCUGUGACAGGGAAAGUGGCUGAUGACGAUAUAAAUGAGAUUCCAGAGCUAGUGCAAUCCGAAACAAUCCAGGAUAUGGAGAAGGAGCAGGUCAGACAGAAAGAAGAUGCAAGAAAGAAAACACAGAAAUUGGAAGAUCCAUCAAAGGACCUAAACACGUAUUUGAAUACGAAACUAACAUACAAGGAAGGUGCAUUAGUUACCGAUAGCAGGAAAGAUGGGGUUAUGAUGGAUUGGGAAGAGAAAUUAAUGAAGGCAGGAUGUGACUCCUUAUUCAAGUCGAUCGAGGACCCAGAUGAUGUCAAUGUACUCAAUAUUGGAUUCGGAAUGGGAAUUAUAGAUUCAAUGAUUGCAGAAAAGAAGCCGACGAAGCAUUAUAUUUGUGAAGCCCAUCCAGAUGUCCUUAAAAAGAUGAAAGAAGAUGGAUGGAUGGACAGAGAGAAUGUUGUUGUUUUAAAAGGAAAAUGGCAAGACACGCUACCUCCACUUUUAGGUCAGGGUGUAUUCUUUGAUGGCAUAUAUUAUGACACAUACAGCGAGCAUUAUCAAGACAUGUUAGAGCUUUUCGAUCUCGUGGUGGGAAUGUUGAAGAUGACAGGUACAUUUUCUUUCUUCAAUGGACUCGGUGCCGACAGACUCGUGUGUUAUGAUGUGUACAAGAAGGUUGUUGAGCUUGAUUUGGCAGAUUAUGGUCUCCGGGUGAAAUAUACCGAUAUAAAACCACCAAAGGAAGCUUUGCAACAUAAAAACGAACAAGGCUCGGUUUGGAAGGAUAUAAGACGGGCUUAUUGGACAUGUCCGACAUAUUACCAUCCGGAAAUAACGUUUGCCACCUGA